AUGGCACAUAGACAGCAGCAGGGUUUAAGCUGUAGAGAAUCUAAGAACAUCGACCGAGUUCGCGGGCCUAUAAACGAAGGUGGACUCUAUGCCGAACGACUAGGCUGGUUUCUCCUAGACUUUAAUGUACCGGGGAGGAAAUCCAACACUUCUAGCCAGUUGGAUGGUAUAUCAGAGUCUGGUGUACGAUUCUAUACUACAACUUUCUAUCUUAAUAUCGACAAUGACCUAGAUGCCCCUAUUAGAGUGUCCUUGUCUUCGCUAAACGGCACGGUAGCGCAUACGAAAUUCCCUAACCCUCCGGGCAUAAUUAAUAACCAUGGGCAGAACACGUUAGCUCUGAGUUUAUGGGCGCAAACCGAUGAAGUUGUACAGUUUGAUGGUGUUGAGCUAUUCACGUAUGGGCUUUAUCAAACGGAUUUUGAAUUUAACCGUGAUUGGAGUUAUUGA